GAGAGCUUAGCUGUAGAGCAUCGUAUCUUUAGUCUGAGCCACUGGUUUCACCGGAUGUCUUCCACUUCCUGUAUAUAUACGGGCAUAUGGUUCAAGUAAGCUGCUAUGCAAAUACAACACGCCUAGGCUCCCACUUAGCCAUGGAUCCGGCAGCCUGUAUUGCCAUUCUCUCCCUGGUCUUCCUCUUCGUCCUCCACCAUCUUCUAGGUGUCGCUAGCCGCAAUGGCAAGAACAAGAGUGUGCGGUUGCCGCCGAGCCCUCCGGCCAUCCCGUUCCUCGGCCACCUCCACCUCGUCAAGACGCCGUUCCACGCGGUGCUGUCACGCCUCGCCGCGCGCCACGGCCCGGUGUUCUCCCUGCGCAUGGGGUCGUCCCGUCGCGCCGUGGUGGUGUCCUCGCCGGACGGCGCCAAGGAGUGCUUCACGGAACACGAUGUCGCCUUCGCCAACCGCCCGCUGUUCCCCUCUCAGAAGCUCGCCAACUUCGGCGGCACCGCGCUCUCCGUGGCCAGCUACGGGCCCCACUGGCGCAACCUCCGCCGCGUCGCCACCGUGCAGCUCCUCUCCGCGCACCGCGUCGCCUGCAUGUCCCCCGUCAUCUCCGCCGAGGUGCGCGCCAUGGUGCGGAGGAUGAACCGCGCGGCCACGGCGGCGGUCGGCGGCGCCGCGCGCAUCCAGCUGAAGCGAAGGCUGUUCGAGUUCUCCCUCAGCGUCCUCAUGGAGACCAUCGCGCAGAGCAAGACGUCCCGCACCGAGGCGAACGCCGACACGGACAUGUCGCCCGAGGCACAAGUUUAUAAGCAGAUCAUGGACGACGUCUUGCCGCAUCUUAGCACGGCCAACCUGUGGGACUACCUGCCGGUGCUGCGGUGGUUCGACGUGUUCGGCGCGAUUAACAAGCUCGUGGCCGCGGUGAGCCGAAGGGAUGUGUUCCUGCGGCGACUCAUCGACGCAGAAAGGCAGAGAGAGGACGGAGGCGGCGGCGGCGACAGUGAGAAGAAGAGCAUGAUUGCCGUGCUGCUCUCUUUGCAGAAAUUAGACCCGAAGUUCUACACGGAUACCAUGAUCACGUCGCUGUGUUCGAACAUGUUUGGUGCUGGAACGGAGACCACGUCGACCACGACAGAAUGGGCCAUGGCGCUCCUGCUGAACCACCCGGAGACGCUCAUGAAGGCGCAGGCCGAGAUCGACGCGGCCGUGGGCACCUCUCGCCUGGUCACCGCGGACGACGUGUCUCGCCUCACCUACCUGCAGUGCAUCAUCAACGAGACGUUCCGGCUCUACCCGGCUGUGCCGCUGCUGUUGCCGCACGAGUCCUCUGCCGACUGCAAGGUGGGCGGCUACGACGUGCCCCGCGGCACGAUGCUGCUGGUGAACGUGUACGCCAUCCACAGGGACCCCGAUGCGUGGGAGGACCCCGCCGAGUUCAGGCCGGAGCGGUUCGAGGACGGCAAGGCCGAGGGCCGACUGCUGAUGCCGUUCGGGAUGGGGCGGCGCAAGUGCCCCGGGGAGACGCUCGCGCUGCGGACGGUCGGGCUGGUUCUCGGCACGCUGAUCCAGUGCUUCGACUGGGACAGGGUUGGUGGUGUCGAGGUUGACAUGACUGAGAGCGGCGGGCUCACCAUCCCCAUGGCCGUCCCGCUGGAGGCCGUGUGCAGGCCUCGUGCAGCUAUGCGUGAUGUUCUUGAGGAGCUCUGAUGUCUCCAUGCUAGGCUGCAUCGACCUCGAUCUCCGGCAAGCUGCAAGUUCCAUCACCAAGUGUUCUAGGCUUUAACCACCGGGCGCAUCGCUGUGGUUUCUUCUAGUUUCAUCUACCAGUUAUCAAGUAUCUUGGAUCUUUGACUUACGGCGCAUCGCUUCUGUCUCGAUCUACGGUAUUCACCAGUUAUCCCGCCUUGAUUAAGCUUGCAUCGGCUGAUAUUUGUCUGUUCUAUCGUCUUGCCGUUUACGACAUAUUAAUUGUUAUUAAUUCUGUCGGAAUAGACGAUAGAUCUAUUCUUAAUAGCC